UUGCCCACCUCUAUUGCAUUUGUUUGUAAUCCGUAUUAUGAUUUGCGCGAAUCUUUUGGCGUGGAACAACUACGAGCACUUUAUGCUAACAUGUACAGGUGCUUCUGGCCAAGACGAUGAGAGCCCCUGCCCUGUGGAGAUGGAGUUGGAGCGGUGGCGGGAGUUUAUCCAGCACAUAAGAGGCCACCAGCGAACGGACACGGAAGUGGAAGUCGAGGAGAAGGACAGGCACUGUGAUAGCGAGAACAGCGGGCUGAAGUUGGAGGCAGAGGAGGAAGAUUGUCUGGCCGAGGACAUGUUCGUGGACCUGCCCGUGUCCUCGGAGCCAGAGUCUGGCAGUGAAGCGAGAGACGGAGAUGUGGACGAUGUUAGAAUGGCGCUAGGCUGCGAGCCGGGAGUUACAGAUUUCAGCCCCUUGUCGAAAUUCAAUCCCACGUUUUACCGGCGCAGUCCAAGGAUCACAAAGUUCAUUGAAUUGUACCAGCAAAAACCCUGCCUCUGGGAUCCAGCGGAUGAUGCAUACAAGGACAAGGAGAAGCGUAGCGCUGCUUACGAUGAGUUACUGGAGCAGCUAAAGAACUCCGUCAACCUCCAUCUCACUGCGUACAAGCUGAAGAAGUGCAUCUCGAGCUUGCACUCCCAAUAUGCGUCCAUUACGCGCCAGAAAAAGACCCAAAAGCUGACCCAGGUACCACUGUACUACCACGCCAAGUAUACCUUCUUGGCCGAAUGUGGGAAUCCCGCGGAGGCUGAGACCGAUGAGGAUGAGGGCUGUGCCAAGAUCAAGCUGGUGUUUACUGAGGAGAACCGACUGACCAGCCUGUUCAUCGAUCUGUACGCAAAGUUCCCGCAUCUCUACGAUCCGACGCACAAACACUUCUCUAAUCUGAGCGAACGUAAGUCGGCUAUCUUGGAGAUGACUGAUUUGCUGAGCUCUGAGAUUUCGGGAUUGGGCCUUCACACGCACUACGAGGUAUACGACAGUAUUCAGAGCCUUCGGCAAUGGUAUUCCCGCCGGAUUAAAACCCUUACCGAUGUGCAGUCUGUGGGCCUCUCCGUGGCCGAAAAGCGGUACAUUGAACGCUGCAAGGCCUUUAUGCCCACGAAGACGUUUCGCCAGAAGCUCAAGUGCGAGGCGUGUGAGCAGGCCUUUAGCACGGAUCACGCUCUGCAGGCGCACCAGUUCCGGGACCACAAAAUGGGCGACGGCGGCUGGUUCAGGUGCACGGUGUGCGAGCUUAACUUUGAUCGGCGAUGCCACCUGCAUCAGCACAUACAGCGGGUGCACAUGAGCAAGGCGUUCGCCUGCGACCUGUGUGACCGGAGCUUCGCCUUCAACAACCAACUGGCGGCUCAUAAGCGUACGCACGACGAAAAGCACGUCGCGAAGCCGUUCGUCUGCGAGUUCUGCGGCAAGUCGUUCAAGCAGAAAAUCCAAAUGACCACCCACGUGACGGCGGUGCAUACAAAAAUCCGCGCCUUUAAGUGCACCAUGUGUACCAAGGACUUUCUCACCAAGCGCGAUCUCAAGGAUCACGUGAAGGCGCACCUGAACAUCCGCGACAAGGUGUGCGAAAUCUGCCAGAAGACAUUCACGAAUGCCAAUGCCCUGGUCAAGCAUCGGCACAUCCACAAGGAAAAGACGCUGCAGUGCUCUUUGUGCACAACACGCUUCUCGGAGCGCGUCAGCUUGGGCGUUCAUAUGCGACGCACGCACAAGAUCAUCAAGAGCACACUGAAAGUGGCGGAACCGGCGGGCGAAGCUCUUUUUUCUCACACAUUCCCUCAGGCCCAAGGUAACAUCUCCAGCGAAUAAAAAAACCGAUUAAUUCAUUAUAUUUCAAAUUAAACCCUCAAAAACGGCUUAGAAUAGUGUCCCAAACUUAUAGUAUAGUAUCUACUCCUUAAA